AUGAACAAACUGCUGUUUUGGGUCCCUGUCCUCACCAGUCUUCUUCCAGAAGCCUUUGCUCAGACAGACCUCAGUGGGAAGGUAUUUGUGUUCCCUAGAGAAUCUUCGAGUGAUCAUGUGAGUUUGAUCCCACAGCUGGAGAAACCUCUGCAAAGCUUCACCUUGUGUUUUCGUGCCUAUAGUGACCUUUCCCGUGCCUACAGCCUUUUCUCCUACAGCACCAUGGGCAAUGAUAAUGAGAUACUAAUCUAUAAAGAAAGAGUUGGAGCAUACAGUCUACACAUUGGACAAACAAAAGUCACAUUCAAAGCUAUUGAAAAUUUUCCUUCCCCAGUGCAUAUCUGUACUAGCUGGGAGUCCUCUUCUGGCAUUGCUGAAUUUUGGCUAGAUGGGAGACCUUUGGUAAAAAGGGGUCUGAAGCAGGAGUACUCUGUGAAAACACACCCAAAGAUUGUUCUGGGGCAGGAGCAGGAUUCCUAUGGAGGAAAUUUUGAUGUGAGCCAGUCUUUUGUGGGAGAGAUUGGGGACUUGUACAUGUGGGACUCUGUGCUGUCCCCACAAGAGAUCCUGCUUGUAUAUCAGGGUAGCACUUUCAAUCCUAAUGUGUUGAAUUGGCGGGCUCUGAACUAUGAAGUGAAAGGAUAUGUCGUCAUCAAGCCCCUUGUGUGGGCUUGA